AUGAACACAGCACGACGCAUACAGAGCCUCUCGCAAGGCGCCCCAUUGAGGGCAUCAGGCCUGCGCAGCAGCCAUUGCACAACACCCGCGCCCGCGCCCUAUCGCCUUCUCUCAGUCCGCGCAUCACAGCCUUGCAGCUCGGAGGUCCGGUCAUCCUCAACAUCUUCACCCUUACAGCGACAGCCGCUCCUACGCUCGAUCGUGCUUUCUAGUUCCAUCAGACUAGAGGGGUUAUUACUGAGCAACGCGCGCGCUUUCCACACGUCGCCGCAGCCGCAACAGAAACAUGGCGAGGAACCGAAGGUUAAGACCCAAGAGGAUGUGAAAGAAGGCCAGCAAAGUGAGGAGUCCGCCUCUAAAGAAGAGGCCAAGGAGGAGAGGAGCGGAGAGAAGGAAAAGGAGGGGGAGGAAAAGACCGAGGGCAAGAAAGAGAAGAAGGAGGACCUUCCCCCUCCACCUCCCCACGGAGAUAAGACGCCGUGGCAAGUAUUUCUGGAGACCAUGCAGACCGAGUUCAAGCAGUCCAAGGAAUGGAACGAGUCGACCAAGGCUCUCGCGGCGGGGGCGAAUCAGUUUGUCGAGAGCGAGUCGGUCCGGAAGGCACGUCAAGCAUACGAAGCCACCUCUGACGCCGUCUCGUCUACGGCUGCAAACGUGGUGAAAACCACGGCGGGCGCCAUCGGCAAGGGCGCGUCCUGGACAUGGGAGACUCCCGUCAUGAAAGGUGUUCGCAAGGGCGCAAACAAAACAGGCGAGGUUUUGGACAAGGCGACCAAACCAAUUCGGGAAACCGAAGCGUACAAGAACGUCAAGGAGGUCAUUGAUGAUGGGAGCAGCUCACGAUACGGCGGGUGGGUGGAAAAGGAGGAGCGAAGGAAGCGCAGAGAGAAGUGGGAGCAGGAGCUCAAGAAGAGAGGAAUACACAGUCAGGUCCACGAGGAGAAUCCAGACGCCGGAACCAGUGUCACUGUGCACAAAGAUGCCGCAUGGAAGGAGGCGUGGAGGGAUUUCAGAGAUCAGAACAAGUUUGUUCAGAACAUCUUUGGCUUGAAGACGGUAUACCAAGAGUCGGAGAAUCCCUUGAUAUCCACCGCCCGGAGCAUUACCGACAAAGUCGCUGGCUUCUUCGCCGAGAACGAGACAGCCAUGGUCAUCAAGAAGCUUCGGACGAUGGAUCCUUCAUUCCAGAUUGAGCCGUUCCUGCGGGAUCUCCGCGAGUAUAUCCUCCCCGAGGUUCUGGACGCGUACGUCAAGGGGGACGUCGAGACGCUCAAGCUGUGGUUAUCCGAGGCCCAGUACUCCGUCUAUGAAGCCCUCACCAAACAGUAUCUCCAAGCCGGCCUCAAAUCUGACGGGCGCAUCCUCGAUAUUCGGGGAGUUGACAUCCUCAAAGCACGCAUGCUCGACCCCGGCGAGAUUCCCGUUUUCAUUAUUACCUGCCGGACACAAGAGGUCCACGUCUACCGCAAUGCAAAGACCAACCAGUUGGCUGCAGGCAUGGAGGACAAGGUGCAGCUCGUCACAUACGCUAUCGGCAUCACGCGGAUUCCCGAGGACGUAAACAAUCCUGAGACGAGAGGAUGGCGGUUAAUCGAGAUGCAAAAGAGUGGCCGCGACUACAUCUAA